UUGAGUCCCGUUGGGCUGUUGGAAAGGUGGGCGUUGGGAUUUCGUUGUCUAUGAAGUAAUAUGAAAUGUGCGAGGUGUCCUUAAGCGACCUGUGACAUUUCAGAUCGAAGACGUUGCCGGUAGCUUCUAAGAGCCUGUGUGCUGCAGCAGCUAGCUGGCAGCCAUGAAGUCUGGCGAGAGUGAGGAGGAGUGGGGGACGGCCGGCUGCUCGGAACAGGACCACCUCAUCCCGCACGAGGUGCUCAACCCCUUCGUGAUGCGGCUUGACGCCCUCAACUCCACAUAUGACAAAGUCAAGGUGGCCGUGCUGACGGUGUUUGUGCUGCCGCUGCGGAUCGUCGGCCUCUGCCUGUGCGUGCUGUUCGGCUGGGUGUUCGCCUGCAUCGGCCUGUACGGCCUGUCGGAGGAGGACCACAACCGGCCGCUGCGGGGAUGGCGCAGAUGGCUGCGCUGGGUGGUGCUCUUCUGCACCCGGUCCGUGUUCGUGUCGGCCGGGUUCCCCUGGGUGAGCGUGCGUGGCCAGCGCGCCGACGCCGUCCAGGCACCGGUGCUGGUCGUGGCGCCGCACUCCAGCUACUUUGACGUGCUGCCCGUGAUCGUCAUGGCGGCGCCCAGCGUCGUCGCCAAAAUCGAAACAUCCCGCUCGCCCAUGUUCGGCAAGCUGAUCGACUACACGCAGCCGGUGUACGUGUCGCGCGAGGAUCCCAACUCGCGCCAGAACACCAUCCGCGAGAUCCAGAGGCGCGCCCACUCUGGCGGCGAGUGGCCUCAGAUCCUGCUGUUUCCGGAGGGCACGUGCACCAACCGGUCGUGCCUGAUCCAGUUCAAGCCGGGCGCGUUUUACCCGGGCGCGCCCGUGCAGCCGGUGGUGGUGCGCUACCCGAACCGGCUGGACACGGUCACGUGGACCUGGGAGGGGCCUGGCGCCUGGAAGAUACUCUGGCUCACGCUGACACAGUUUGUGAGCUUCUGUGAGAUUGAGUACCUGCCCGUGUACGUGCCGUCGGACGAGGAGAAGGAGAACCCCAGACUGUACGCGCACAACGUCCGAGCGAAGAUGGCAGAGGCGCUGGGCGUGCCUGUCACCGACUACACGUACGACGACUGCCGACUCAUGAGCAAGGCGCGUGCCAACAAUCUGCCCUGCGAGACCGGCCUGGUCGAGGUCACCAAGCUGAUGCACCAGCUAGGCAUCAACAUGUCCACCAUCGAGGCCGAGAUGGAGUCGUUCGCGGAGAUCGCGCGCAAGACGGACGGCCUAAUCCGGCUGACCGAGUUCGCCGCCUACCUGGGCAUCCCCACGUCUGAGCCUGGGCUGGUAGAGCUGUUCAACCUGUACGACUCGGACCGGGACGGCGUGAUCGACUUCCGCGAGUACCUGCUGGGCGUCAGCCUCAUCUCCAAGCCGUGCAACACGGAGGAGACGAUUCGCCUGGCGUUCCGACUCUUCGACCUCGGCGGCAAGGGUCACGUGACGCAGCGUGACGUGACCAAGGCGCUGGCGCACACGCUGAGCAUGACGGAGCAGGAGAGCGCCCGGCUCUUCCAGCAGGUGCAGAAGGCGCACGACGACUACAUUACGUUCGAGGAGUUCCGUGCGCAUGCGCAGAAGAAGCCGGAGUACGCCAAGAUAUUCUUGACCUGGCACGGGCGCAUGACCCAGGAGAAGGAGAAGAGUCAGUAGCCGCUGUUGGUGCGCCGAGGCAGUCUUAAUCACUCCACGAGGCGCCGCAACUUAAGAAGACAACCAAACGAACAUAAUAUUGGUGUACAACGGCUUUUGCUGCUUGUUUGCGAUUGUUAUGUCCAACAGCUGUCAAGGUGAUGCGGUUGGCACAGCGUGGCUGGCCGGCAGUCAUCGGCGUCCGGUGCGGCCUCAGUCUUGCCACGGCAGCGGGCGGUCGCGGUGCGGUGC